AUGCAGACAAAGUUGGAAUUUACAGAGAUUUUUAAAGCGCACGCCAGAAACAGAGGUUGGGGUAUCCUCAGUGGUGUGCUUCAGAACCAACUCUUCCAACAAUUUUUAAAGCUUAGCGCUUGCUGCGGGAUUUUGCCGAUGAGGAUAUACUGGCUGCUACUCUUUGAGGCCUGGCAAAGUCUUGCGCGGCCAGAGCAUGUGGUAGUGCUGCCUCAAGGUGCUAUCGGUCUCUCCACACGCGGCAAAGCUCUGCGUGUUCGAGUGACUUCAUCGCUUCAGCCCACGGAGGUUGAGGACGAGCCCAGAGAGGUGCUGCCGGCUGAAGCAGAUGCGACCUUUCGCAUUUUCAAGGGCGAGGAAGAGGGUAUUGAAGUCGAUGGAGUUGGAGCUGUCUCCGUUCUUCGGCCGGGAGGUCACAUCCCCCGGCUGCGGCUGCGUGACUCGCAGGGGCACCUGCUGACUGAGAGCAGCUUGAGCUGCGGACAGCUGCUGAACCGAAGAGCACAGGGCGGACGUGUGCUCCUUCAAAAGCCCUUGGAUGCAGGAGCCUGUUGCGAAGCCUGCCAAGCCAAUGCUUCCUGCACAGAUUGGUCAAUUAGCAAAGGGAGCUGUGUGCUCCUACAAGAUGCUGAAGGUUGGACGCCCGAAGAAGGCGCCAUAGCAGGAAGGUCGCAGGGUCUUCUGCUUUUCAACAGCUCGGGGCGCCUCUACGGGCGCGGAGCCGGGCCUCAGGAUGCGUUGCAGCUGCUGGCGGAGGGGUCACCGGUGUCCUUGGCGAACCGAGCCUCUUAUGUGCCCUACUUCUACAGCAGAGAUGGCUAUGCAGCAUUGGGACAUAGCAAUGUGACCCACUUCAACCGCAUGGCCGCCAGGUAUUUCUCAACCGGCCAGCAGCUGGCUUGGGCGUUUGAGGGCGCUUUCCAGUUGUACCUCAUGCCUGCUGCCUCCCUUUCACGAGGUACGAAAGCAUAUUACGCUCUGACGGGACGACCUGCACUGCCGCCCAGGCACAUCCUGGGAUUUAUGGCCUGUCGAUGGGGAUGGAAAGAUCAGAGGCAUUUGGAAGAGACUUUGGAGCAGUUUCGGACCGGAGGCUUCCCCCUGGACUCGGUGAUUUUGGAUUUUGAGUGGUUUGCCAACACCUCGGACUACGGCUUCAGAGACUCCGGGGAGUCCUGGUAUGAGGAUUUUGGCUGGAACCCUCAGCUCUUUUCAGCGCCAACUCAGCAACUGAAGAAGUAUUUGGAGGAGCAGCAGGUGCAUGUGGCGGGGAUCCGAAAGCCACGGCUGGGGAACCGGAAGCUGUUGAACUUGGCGAAAGAGAAAGGAUGGCUAUCUCUGAAAGCUUCCGGCCGAGGUGGUCCCGAAAACUACGCUGAUGGACGCUGGCUGCGCUUUUCGGAUCCCCAGCUGCGGCGCUGGUAUGCACAGCAGAUGCGGCACUAUCUCGACAGCGGCAUCUCAUACUGGUGGAACGAUGAGGGUGAAAACUUCUACUACACCUAUCAUGACUGGAACCUUGCAGAGCUGGAACUACACCAGAGCCACCAGGGCCGCGCCACGUCGCGAUUCUUCUCGCUGAACCGUGCCUUCACACCGGGCAUGGCGCGGCUGGGCGCUGCAGUGUGGACGGGUGAUGUGAGCGCGAGCUGGGAGGACCUGAGAAGGACCCCGGGCAUGAUGUUAAACUGGGCACUGGCCGGAGCGCCCUAUGUGGCUUGCGACAUUGGAGGUUUUAUUGGCAACGCCUCGUCCCAGUUGCUGGCCCGAUGGUACCAGGCCAGGAAUGGGCCACAGAGAAACAAAAAAUUGGGUAGGUGGUGA